AUGACCGAAUCCCCUCCCGAAGAAUUCUCUCCAACCCGUCAUUACUGGCCCCGUCGAGUAAUCGUUGGCAAACGGCCAACGGCCGCGAUACGGGCGGGCGGUCUUGCGACGCGUAUCACUCAUCGUCAGUGUAUCGUCUCGUAUUCGUUCGAUUCUAUCGCUUCUGCACGAACUUCAAAAUGUCCAGUAUUAUUAGCAAUAAUACACAAAGUAGUAACGUCAGCUCGACCACCGUCUGUGAGCACCACGACGGCGCGGUCGGAUGGUGUUUUUGACGUCCCUCAAAGUCUAGCAAGUCGUACUGGUGAUGUGACAAAUCGGGUGGGGGCAGUGUCGAAAGAAUGGCGUUGGGCAAUGGUUGAUGCGAAGUCGCUAGCUGUCAUCAUACCCGUGGAUCAAAAUCCCAGAGAUGUAUCUAGAGAGCGCUUUGUUUCGCUUCUUGAGUAUUGUGAGGAGGAGCUUGGUCUUGACCGUGUACUAGCUGUGUUUGAAAAACCUGGCCUGUCAAUGUCCGAAGGAUUCCCUCGUACGCUCCGGUAUGUUGGUUUUCGUGUACUUCCGCCCGACGCCGUUCCUGAGAUAUUAUCAUGUGACAAAUAUUUUGUAAUGAGCUACGCAGUCUAA